UGUGGCAACGGCCCGGAAGCGCGUAGUCACCUUGGUAACGUCGACAGAGAUCAGAUUAGCUAGUUACCCGCAGUCACAAAAGUUCAAAAGUUCUUGUCAGUGGCUUUUUUUCAACUUUACUCUUUCCUGUGUGCAGGUAUCAGUUCAUACUUUGUUGUUAAAGGCUGGGGACAGUUUUGCAAUGACUUCUCAACGGGAGCAAGGUGCACACUCACCCAGACUGGAGGCUGUGAUUCAGGUUGGUGUCAUGCUACAACAGCUGCUGUCUGAUGAGAAGUUGGAGGAGUCCCUGCUCAACUCGGAUGGCAGCUCAGGAGAGAGGAGUCUGACUCUCAGAGGUGAUGGACAGGAGUCCAGUGUCACGCCUACGCCUGUCUCCACCCGCAUCCGCCAGAUCAUCACCCGUAACCUGGCCGAGCAGCCAACAGGUGAGAGCUCUCAGGUCAGCGAGCCGGAGGAGAGCAGGGCCCUGAGGGAGCAGCUGUCUCCCGGCCAGAUGGACCGCGACCAGCCGCGAGUCAAACAGGGCAGUCUCACAGAAAGGCUUGAUCAGAUCAUGCAGGCAGCAGUGGACUCAGACCAGGACAGUGUAUCACCAGGAUCGCUGCAGAACAUGGAGAGAGCUUACAGGCAAAAGUUGCAGGUCUACCAGGAGGCCCAGAAGAGACAAGCCCAACUUGUUCAGAAGCUUCAAACCAAGGUUCUUCAGUACAAGAAGAGGUGUGGGGAACUAGAAGAGCAGGUGCUGGAGAAGACCUCGGAGUCUGAGAAGAUGAGAUUGUUGCUGCAGGCCCACCUGGACUCAGCCCAGCGUCAGCAGCGGACAGAGCAGGAGCUCAACAUGGCUGUCCAACAUAAGUCUGCUCAGCUGGAGGAGGAGCAGAAGAGGUGUGCCAGCCUCAGCCAAGUCAACUCCACGCUUCGGGAACAACUGGAGCAGGCAGGCACUGUCAACCACGGGCUAACGGAGAGCUUGUGGAAGGCUCGCGAAGACGUUGAGUUUUGCGAUAACCGUUUCCGCAGAGAGCAGGAGACGUGCGCCUCCCGGCUGAGUCGUGAACAGGCUCGUGUCAGAGCACUGUGGCGCCAGGCCGCUUCCCUGCGGAGCACUUUCACCCAGCUAAGGACUUUCACUGACAGGACUCUGUCUGAUAUGCGCGGGGAGUGUGUCGUUGCCAGCCGGCAGCUGCACGUUGCCUGCAUGAACCUAGAGGCCAAAGUCACACAGGAGAGCACCUCUAGUGGUGUGGAGAUGUCAGCACUGGAGAGGCAGCUGAAAGACAAGCUGAAAGAGGCCAUGCAGCUUCAGGGUCGUUGGGAUGCUGAGAAAGUUGAACUUAACUCCAGGGUCCUGGAGUUGACUGACUCGGUGAAACACCUCCGUAGCCAGAACAGCGAGAAAGAUGCCAGCCUCGACACCAUGCAGAUCAGUCUGGACAGGAUGGAGACGAGGAGAACCGAGGAUAAAGCAGAGAUGGAGGUCCUCCACACAGAGAUCCAGGCCCUCCAAAAGCUUUUAUUCCACAUUCACCAGCUGGUUGGCGGUGAGGGAGAUAGCAGCGGCUCUGAAAGUGUGUCCUCCUCACCUCGUCACGGUCGGUCUCCUCUGAGGAACACUACCCUGAUGGCUGUGCAGAGUGCUCUCUCCAAGCACCAGAAACAAACACAGGACCUGCGUGGCCGUCUGGAUGCCGCCCUGGAGCAAGUGGAUACGCUGCGUGAUCACCUGCAGGAGAGGGACACUGAGAGGAGAGAGUUGGAGCAGAAGAUCCACGAAGUAAAGAGAGAAAGUCAGGAGACUACAAAAGCUCUGGAGGAAAGCCGGAGAGACAGCAACAGAUAUCGCAGCUCAUUGGAGCUCAUUUCUAGUGAGAAGGGCAGCCUGGAGAAGCUGCUCUCAGGGCUGCAGCAGGAGGUGGACUCCCAGCGUGCCGAGCUGGAGGUACUGCGGGGCUCAUCACUGGAGCUCCAGAGACAGCGGGACCUCCUGAGGCAGCAGAGAGAGGAUCUGGAGAUGCAGCUGGCACGCCAGCGCACGGAGGCCCAAAGAGGCGAGAGGAGCCUGGAGGAGCUUGAAGGGAAGCACUCAGAUCUACGCAGGGAGCUUGUGACAGUGAAGGAGGCUCUGAGUCAAAUCACCCUGCAGAAGGAAGUCUUGGAGGAUGAUAAGGCCAGCCUCGCUCUGGCUCUCAGCAAGAUGGAGUCCCAGAGUGCUGCACAUGAGCGAGCGCUCACCAAACUGCAGAAUCAGGAGGCUGCCCUGAAAGAUUCUCUGGCCAAAAUGGCUGCCCUGAGCGAAGGCCUAGCCAAAGACAAGGUGGAACUCAAUCGUGUCCUGCUGCAGACAGAAGGUGAGAAGGCUGAGCUCGGUGAACGUAGACGGGAAGCUGAAAUGGAGCGGGCAGCAGCCAGAGAAGAGACGGCACGGGUGCAACAGGAGAUGAUGAAUCUGCUUGCUGAGAAACAAGCCCUGGAGAGCUCCCACGGCCACUUGCAGGACCUCUGCCAGAAGCUUGAAGCAGAGCUGAGCCUGCUGCAGAAGGAGAACGCUCAGGCCCUGGAGCAGCACUCCCAGGUCAACAGGCAGAUGCAGGCUGUGUCAGAGGAGCUGUGUGCGUGCAGGAAGGAGCUGGAGACACAGACCACAGCCCUAAAGAGAGCUACCCAUGACAGGGAGGAGCUAGCCAAGGACAAGGCUGCUCUGGAUGUCAAGCUAAACUCCGCUGACCGAAACGCCUGUGGUCUCACGCAGGAGCUGGUUGCACUUAGAGCAGAGAAGGAGUCCCUGGAGACGUCCCUGUAUGAGAGCCAGGAGCUUGCCUCGUCUCUGGAGGCAGAGCGCACCAGGAUGGAGGGGGAGAGGCGCAGCUUGCUCCUGGCUAACGAGGCCUUGACGCGUGAUGCCGCUCGGAUGCGUGUGGAUGCUGAACGCCAGUUUGCACAAGCUGCACAAGAGCAGAGUAAGAUGGAGGAGAAGCUGGCCCAGGUGGAGAGGAAUGCCCUGUUGACCCUGAACAACAAAGAGCAAAUGCACAGAGAGCAGCUAGAAGCUGAACGCAGACAAAAGGAGCAGCGGUGUGCGGAGCUGACGGUUCAGCGUAAACAGGCCGAGGAGCAGCUGCGUAGACAGUGUGAGGAGCUGCGUGUGCACAGCCAGAAGGAGCUGCAGCAGGUGCAUGAGGAGCUGGCCAGGCUGCAGCAGGACUUCAACGAAAGCCUCCUACAGGCUGAGAGUGAAAAGCAGCAGGCUUUGUCCCAGAAGGAGGCAGAGAAGGCUGCCCUCAUGGAGAAGCUAGCAACCCUGCAGCAUGACCUCGCCACAGCAGGCAUGGAGUUAGAGAGCAUGCAGAGGGAGGCACUGAGCAAACAGGAGCAGGAUAAGAAUGCAAUGGCCGUCCUUCAGUCUGAGCUGCAAGACUUGCGGACUCAAUUCGAGGAGUCUUUGAACUCCCAUGAGAACACAAAGAAGAGUCUAACUGAGCAGGUCAGAGAGUUGAACCAACAGAGAGAGCACGCACAACAGGAGUUUGUGGGCCUUCGUCGGCAGCUGCAGGAGGCAGAGAAUGGACUUAUCAAAGGGCAAAGGGAGCUGAUUGAGGCUCACAGGGAGCUCCAGGAGUGCGCUCAGGAUCGGGAUAAGCAACGAAAAGAAGCCCUGGACCUGAAAAGGCUCUUAGGUGAUGAAACCAGAGAGAAAGAGGCCAUCCAAGCUUCUAACCAGGAGCUGAGAGCUUUCAUCAAGAGAGCAGAGAGUGACAACAGCAGUUUAAGAAGAGUUGUGGAGGAGAAAGAGCAGAAAGUGGCCGUCUUAGAGGAAUGUAAGAGCUCGAUGAACCAAGAGGCAACUGUUCUACGGAGCAGCAUGAGAGAGCUGGAGAAGUCUCGCCUGCAGGUACGCAGAGAGCUGCAGGAGCUGCGCAGACAGGUGAAGGUCCUCGAAGGCGAAAACGGCCGGCAGAAACAGGAGCUGCAAGAGCUUCAGGCGCGGGUAUGUCAGGAAGAGCAGAAGGAGGAGGAGGCGCGUCUCGAGGCUUUCACUCUCAAGCAGAGAGUGCUGGAGUGCGAUGCUGGCAGAGAAGCAGCGCUGAAUGAGGUCGCAGGGCUGCAGCGCCGUGUGGUGGAACUGGAGACAUCGGAGCAUCAGAAGCGAGAGCUGCUGCAGGAAAGCGAGGCUUAUCAGCAGCAGUGCGAGCAGAGACACAGAGAAACCAGUGCCCAGCUGGAGGACGCACUAGAAGACGCCAAGAUCCAGGUGAAGGAACUCUCCCUGCAGGUUGGCCUCGCUGAAAGCAAGAUCCAGGCCUUGGAAGAGCAGCUGGGCCUGGCCGAGUCCAAACGCAGGGACCUGGAGCACAAGUUGGCGGGGUUGCGUUCAGCUCUGCGCUCCACUAUUGGCACUGGCCAUACAAGGCUUUCAGGCACGCCUGGGUCCCGUAGACGGUCUCCCUCUCCCUGGAGAAACCACGUGCAAGGAAAAGGGGGAGAGAGUGUGACAGACGGAUCCUUGUCUCGUGGUGAAGAUGAAGAGCUGGAUGUGGACUCAAUGCACACAGCUAUACGGGAACUCCAGCAGGAACUCAGGGAGACACAAAGAGACAGGGAUGGAGCCAAGGCUCAGAUAGUUAGUCUCAGUCAGCAGGUGACAGAGCUCCAAGGCUGCCAGGAUAAGUCAGCCACCCAGUUACUGCAACUACAGAAGUCUUUGAAACAAUCAGAGCAGGGGAAAAGCGAGAUGGCAGAGCGGUUGCACAAGGCACAUACGUCCCUUUCCCUGCAGGAAGAAGUAACACGUCAUAUGGAGAGGGAGAAGAGAAGCCUUGAGGAGGAGGUAGCUCAGUUCAGGAGUAAUCUGCAAGCUGCUGAGGCAGAGUCCAGAGAACUGCAAGACAAGUUGGAGCUCUCGCAGGGUUUAGAAGCUCGUGCAAAUGUAGAACAACGUAAGAUGAAGGAGUCCCUGGAAGCAGCAGAGAGCAGGGGGAGCCGUCUAGAGCUCUCCCAGCGCACCCUUGAGGGUGAGCUACAGAGAUCCCAGCUCAGGGCAGCUGAGUUGGAUGCAGAGGCAGGGGCCCUGCAGGAAAGACUGACAGAGCUGAGGAGGAAGCUGGGGGAGAGCGAGGACCGGUGUGCAGCACUGAGGGUCAGCGAGGAAAGGUUGGCCACAUCACUGGCUCGUGCCGAGCAGCACGAGAGCCAGCUGAGAGAGCAGAUCCACAAAUUGUCAAACACCAUCAGUGACAACAGGACCAUCAGCGGAGCCCUGCAAGAGCAGAUCGCACAGCUGCAGAGGGCUCUGACUGCCAGUGAGCAGGACCGCAGGAUGCUGCAGGAGCGUCUGGAUAAAACACGAGAUGCCCUUUCAGAGUGUAAACGGCUGACCCACAAGCUAACAGAGCAGAACCAGAACCUCCAAAGAGACGAAGAGGACUUGGAGAUUAAAUAUUCUGAGCUGGAGAAACAUAACAGGACACUGAAGGAGAGCCUAAAGCAACAGCAGGAAGCUGAACUGCAGGCCCAGGGGAGCUCCCAACAGCUGCAGCAAGAGAAGGAGGAACUCCAGGACAAGGUCACCAACCUUCAGAGCUCUUUGCAGAAGCUGCAGAGUGAGAGAGCAGAGAUGGAGAGGGUGCUGACACGCCUCGGUAAAGACAAGACAGCACUCAGAAGGACAUUGGAGAAGGUGGAGAUGGAGAGGCUGAGGAGGGAGGAGGAGGCAGCGGCGGCAGCCAGAGAGAAGGAGCAGCUGGGGCAGAGGGUCCGCGGCCUGGAGCAGGAGCUGGCUGAAAAGCAGGACGAAGUGCAGGCUGUGCAGGCCCAAAUCUCCCAGUUGGAGCACUGUCACACACAGCGCCUCCUGGAGGUGACAGCUCGCCAUCACCAGGAGUUGGAUUCAGAGACGGAUCGUCUCAGAGACAGUCAGCUCCAAGCAGAGAGAGCCUUGGAGACGAGGGAGAAGGCCCAUCGCCAGAGGGUCAAAUGCCUGGAAGAACAGCUGCUGACUCUGAAAGAGCAGCUCGAUCAGGAGACGAGAAGACGACAGGCCUAUUUCAAUCAGAUGCUGCAACCCGGUGUGUAGGCAGAGACCCCACAGUGACGUACAGUAUGUAGCACCUCUGGCUUCCUCAUUCAUGGCUCCUCUGGGCUGCUUCCCAUUACGUUACAAUCUGCGUUCACAUUUGGAAGCAUACACACACACACACCCACGAACACACUCCUGAGGCGUUCACUCCCACCCAUGCACAUGUGCACACCGGAUUACAUUAAUCUGCAGGAAAACUCAACAACAACAAACAACGAGUGUUUUGUUUAUGAGUGGACUGGAUGUGCCAAAUUGGAUUAAGGAUUUCCUCUGGCUCGCUGCGUCUGUUUAUGCUGAGUCUCUUUUUUCUGUUCUUUUCUUUUUUUUAGGAAACAAUGUGAUGAAAGGUUUCCUUAGUUGGUGCUUUUUUUCUGUUAAGAUUGUCCAUGUACUCAUUUGUCAUACUGAUCAUGUACCAAUUUUAUAUGUCAUAAUCACUGUGUGUGUUAUGAGAAAAAUAUCAAAAUAUUUACAGUAAUUGUUUGCAGGUUUGUUGCUGUGAUUUAUUAGCGUUUCAGGUCAUGUCAUAAAGAUACUAUAGUGUGACUCAUUUAUUUUAUUAUGUGUUUGACUCAAUCAAUGGUGCUGUGUGCAAAGGUUGCGAUUGUUUUGAAUAAACUGGGUGUAUCAGAGGACAAUUAUUCGGUUUUGUUUUGCGAAAGAUGUUGAGAUUUGAUAAUGAUGUUUAUUCUGCUGGCCACACAAUUUUGUUAUGGAAAAAAAAAGUUUCUCUGUGAACUUUGAGAAGGACAGCGCUGCCCUUUUUGUGGCAUGCGAGUUCUGGCGUUUGGUUCGCACCAUUAAAAGCCUUUUGUGGAUUUAGUGUUGUGGGUGAGAGAAUGACCUUCGCUCUCUGUUGCCAGUGCUGUCUUCAGUGUUUUCUUUCAAAGAUCAAUGCAGACUCCAAGGUCUGUGGGGAUCAUCAUUCCUUGAGAGUUUCACUGGUGAUCUCUCCUGUAAUCCCUCACAACCCUUAAAAUCUUUAACUAAUAUGUGGUUUUUCCCUCUGCUGAUUAGAAACCACAAAUAUGUUGUGUUCUCCACGCAUGCAUCCGCUGUGUGAUUAUCUCUUUCUUUGAAUUCACAACAGUGCACACACAUGUCCUCUCACUGUGUAACCUUGCAUGCCUUGGUAACUGUACAUAGUAGGAGUUUCACUGAAAGGGGAAAAUCUUGUCAGAGUUUCUUUAAAGCAGCCCUUUGAUUAUCAUAGAUCCGCCCAGUGGUUAUCCAGUUACCGGCCUCUUUUCAGCUAUUGGCUGGAAGGAGUUAAUUAUGCAAGGUAGUGAAUCCCUGUGGGGGAGGUGGGGCCAAAACUGAAAGAACUCCUUUGGCAGGCAGAAUAGAGCUUUUAUUGAGGAUAUUUCUAAGCUGACCAUCAGGGACCAAAUCGCUGGAUUGUUCAAAAAAAAAAAAAAAAAAAAAAAAAAAAAAAA